CACAUCCAUUUCACCACCACACAGUUUCACUCACCUGAGCAACACAGGACACUGUCAACUUGGAUACACAAACCAUUCCAGCAUUUCUUAAACAUAAUCUGAAGUACAUCACAUCAAGUUUCUGGUUCAAAGACAUUUAUUGGAAUAUCGAAGACAAUGGCAUCACUUCGAACAUUUUUAAUGGUCACUUGCCUAAUAUCCAAUCUGUGGGAUGUUGGAACACCCUCAACACCAUCGAUUUCACCUGCAAACAAUGAAACCUCAUCAACGUCGGUCACUCUCACCUCAGCAGGGAAGAUGACAUCAUCAGUAGAUCCUUCAUCUACCUUUCCAACAACUAUGAGUACGACAAUGCUCAUCAUGGCCAAUACCAACACAUCUUCUGUAGCAUUAACAGGCAGCAGCCCACUAACAUCCACUUCACAUAUGAGCAGUUUAUCCACUCCCAGUAGCACUGGAACACCAGUCAAUUCUUCUGUGGGAGCUGCUAAUGUCUCAACUGCAUCAACUAUACCUGUAGAGAGCACAAGUAACCCAAAUGUGACACUGUCUAUGACAAGUCGCUUCAGCACAAUUAACAGCACGACUGAGUUAAUGUCUACCACAUUCCAAAACACCAGUGAUGUUAAUGUGACGGUAAAUUUGAACAUGACCACUGCAGCAACCACAGUCCAGUCUAAUGAUACAGCUACCACAGAAUAUACGACUACAGGGAACAAAACGGCUGCAACUUCUACAUCAACGAUAUCUAGCAACACUUCAACAACUGCUCCAGGGAAUGAGACAAACAGUACUUCAACCACAUUAGCUUCACUUCCCACCACUUUUCAUCAGAGUACCACAAGAAGUCCAGCUGAUGUAACAACUACCAUUAGUUCCAUCAUUACUACAACUGUUGCCACAUCGACUGAGAAAGAUCCAGUCCCUGUGCCAGGAAAAAUUAAUGGAGGAGUGAUAAUUGGAGCCAUUCUUGGCUGCAUUUUGGGAAUUAUUCUUCUCUCACUUCUGGUUUACACUUUCUGUGCACGUCAAAAGUCACAUCACUUUAAUCAUCGCAGACUGUAUGACAACAUCUCCAAUGAUCCAGUUCUACGUCUGGCCAACACAGAUGAUGUCAUUGAUUUAAGGUACCAGGAAGGAGCUGCAUACUACAACCCAGCAGCUUUGAACGAAGCCCCACCUUCCAAUACUGGAAAGGCUAAUGACCCAAAUUAUGCAAUCCAGAUGGAUCCCUUACCACCCGCAUAUGAAAAUGUCGCAUAAUUUGACUCACCUCUGUCUCUUAAAAAAAACAUUGGUAUUGGCACCAAAGAAAUAUCACUUGCAAACAGACUGUACAGCGAUCUUUUAUGUACCAAUAGUGAUAUCAAAUUGGUUAUAACUUGAAGAAUAUGAUUUAUUUUUCAAAGUAAAAGCUGCUGUUGAGAUAGAAAAACAACAUGGAAUUGUACUUACCCCAGAUAGCCAUAAAAAUGGCAAAGAAGACUGUGCCUCCAUUAUCAAAUAGAUAUGUCAGCUAAAGGGAGCAGAAAGAAUGAAAACAUUAAUUAUCUUGUUCCACAGACAGCCCAUAACCAAUACACAGAUACUGAAACAUCAUGGUAUGUUGAUUUCUUACAAACUGAAUUCACAUUUUCAAGUUCACUGAUGCCACAUUGAGAAAUAUUCUUCAUAAAGUAAUGCUUCAAUACUCCAGUUAAAAUAUGAAGUACAUUGUAUGCAGAUGCUAAUAGAUUAACACGAGAUUUAAAGUUGCUCCUUCAGGUCAUUUAUUUUGAUGGAGAUAUUGGUAGCCACACUCAUUCCUCUGUAUUACGUAUUUGUCACGACUGCCACACUUUAUACAGUUUACUACCCUGGUGAGAUGUAGAACAGACAAACAGAAAAGUAGAAUUUCACUGAGUGGCUUGACUGUCAGAGUUUUGUAAAGAAAAAGUAGUUCACAUCCAUUGUUUGCACUGAACAAAUUUAUACAUUGUAUCCAUCAUUGCCAGACUGUGAACUGAUAUGCUUGUUCAAAUAAUCUUACAGUAAAUUAUUGAGUGACUCGAAAAGAGAGUGUUCUGUGGUAAUAAUGGCCACUUUCCACGUAUUAUCCCCAACUUUUCACAAGCUAGAUGGCAUUGAAUCACUCGUGAAGCUAUUGUUACUGAAUAAGGUCACCUCUCACUUUGAACCCACUACCAUCCGAACUACAAAAGGUUUGAGGCACCUGCUUUAAAGUAUUCAUUAUUGUCACAGUAUUGUUCAAUGUGAGUGAGUUCUCUUCCAUGCGUGGCUUCAAUGUUUACCAUUCCCAGUUGCUGAUAGGUCGUGACAAGGAUGCCAAGUAAAAGCCAUGCAAGUUCCCCACUGAAUGGGGGAGGGCAGAGGGACAGGAAAGACAACAUGAUGGAAGGAAGGUGGAAAUGAAGGUGGAGAGAAAAGCUACACAAAUGCUUCCUCAUGUUCAAUCACAGGAUGACAUGAGCAAAGUUGCAACAGCAAAUCCCCGAAUCAACCUCUUGGGCAGGGAACAUUGCAGGGGUGUUGAGAAUUUUGAAGAAAGGCAAAAUCAAAUAACCUGAAGAGGAAAAUCAAACCCAAACAUGAGGAUUCCCCACAGUUUUUUGCUUAUUUUACAAUUGCUUAUCAUUAUUUGUUUCUCUUUGAUAAAAUUAAUUAAAGGUGUAAAGUCUUAAAUUCCUUCCAA